AGAGCAAUGAACAUUCAGGAAGUGUACUCUUUUAUGUCACGUACUUAACGUGCGAGCACUAUGUAUUGGACUCAGUGAAACCAUGAAGGCUGUCAUUGCGAUCGUUUUUGUGCUUGUCUUGUGUCCGUCUGAAGAACUGGACUUCAUCAAGCAAAGACACUUUUUCACCAAUUCAGAAAAUGUAGCAAUGAAGGUGGAUUUAUCCCGAGUGGUGCGGCGAGUGGAUCCGCGUUUUCUAUCUCUCACCAUAGAUGCCAGCCUGGCUUCCGAUGAAAAGUUCAUGAAUCUUUUGGGAUCUCCAAAGAUAAGAGCACUGGCAAGGGCUUUAUCUCCAGCCUUUCUGAGGUUUGGUGGGACAAGGCAGGACUUCAUGGUCUUCACUCCUCAGGAUGUUUGGGGCUCAAAGGUUCCUCCAGCUGCAGAUGUGUGUGACAACAAUGUGCUGCCCUCUUGGCUGGAAGACAAGCUGAAAAAGGAUUGGGUCCAGCAGCAAAUAAUCCUAAAGAGAGAGGACCUGCAGAGAAAGUAUAGAAAAGUUAAAUUCACAGAGGCUACAGUGGACCAGCUGUACACUUUCUCUAACUGCUCUGGGAUGGAGCUGAUUUUUGGACUCAAUGCUCUGCUCAGGACAGCUGACAACCACUGGAACAGCUCCAAUGCACAGGCACUUAUGCACUACUGUGCAUCCAGGCAGUACAAGAUGUCAUGGGAGCUGGGCAAUGAGCCAAACAGCUAUGAGAAGAAAGCAGGCAUUAGAAUCGAUGGCUUCCAGCUGGGACAGGAUUUUGUCCGCCUCAGAAUGAUAAUGUUAGAAUCUAAAUUCUACCAAAAGUCUGGAUUGUAUGGCCCAGAUGUUGGGCAACCCCGGGACCACAGAAUAGACAUACUGGAGGGGUUUUUACAGAGUGGAUCUGAGGCAAUUGAUGCUUGUACAUGGCACCAUUAUUAUGUGAAUGGAAGAGACACAUCUUUGGAAGAUUUUCUGGACCCUCAAGUUCUCGACACUCUGACCUUAAAGACAAAUGAAGUCUUGCAGAAAGUGAAACAGGCAUCACCACAGAAGAAAGUAUGGCUUGGAGAGACUAGUUCAGCAUAUGGAGGAGGCGCUUUGGGACUCUCUGACACAUUUGUUGCUGGUUUUAUGUGGCUGGAUAAGUUGGGCCUUGGGGCCAAACUGGGUUUGAAUGUAGUCAUGAGGCAGGUGUUCAUUGGUUCUGGGAGUUACCACCUUAUUGAUGACAACCUUGACCCCCUUCCUGAUUACUGGUUAUCUGUUCUUUACAAGAGGCUUGUUGGCCAACAAGUGUUGUCAGUGAAAGCAUUUGGCAACUACACACUUUUUUCCAAAAGAGUUCGGCUUUAUUUGCACUGCACAGACAAAAAAAGUUCCACUAAUGGAGCAGUGACACUAAUAGCGAUGAACCUGAAUCACAAGGCAGUGAUGGUCUCAGUGCCUGCACACAUGGCAUCCAGCACAGUGGUGGCUUUUGUCCUGGAGUCUGACCAGAGUGGAGAGGAGGGACUCUGCUCCAGAUCUGUUAAGCUAAAUGGAGAAGUUCUGAAGAUGGUGGAUGACACAACUCUCCCAGAUCUUAAAGGAGUUGCUCUACCUCCUUCAGAUCAUGUCCAGCUACCUGCCUAUUCUUUAUCCUUCUUCGUGUUCAGCGAUGUCAAGGCACAAGCAUGCCUGUCACCCUAACAGACAACAGGUUGUUGAUCACUACAUUUGUGCACGGGGUAAUGGUUUUCAUCACUGUAGUACUAAUACUUGAAGUUUUUUGCUUUUCAUUUUGGAGAGGUCGUGUACUGUAUUUUAUUUACUGAAAUGUUUAUUUUGUUUUUAAGAAAAUAAAAUCAAUAAGUCUUGGUGGUA